CACCUUUGCAACCGCAACCACCCUCCUCCUUCUACACCACUGACAAAACCCUAUUUUGAUCUUAAUAAGUGUUAACACCUCACCACCUCUUGCUCAGAGGCCCUUUACUGCAGAUAAACAGCAGCAUCAUGAAGACUGGUCGCAUCCUCCUGCUCUGCAUCCUGGCGGCUGCUCUGGUUUCCACGGUGGUCUGCAACAAUGUGCGUGGUCCUACAGACUGCUGCUUCAGUCACUAUCCACGGAGAAUCAAAAAAGACUUUAUCCAGUCCUAUUAUGUGACAGACGAGAGGUGCACUAAACCUGGAAUCAUUUUUGUGACUAAACAGUCUCGUCGCAUCUGUGUGGAUCAGAACCUGUCCUGGGUCGAAAGCAUCAUGAAACAUUUGGAUGAGAAAAACUUUUAAAGUAGCUUCCUUUUUGUGUGUUGCUUUGUUGACAUAUUCGUUUAACACGUGUGUGUUCUUGUGGUGCUCGCACAUAUAAUCAACUGUUUUACUUACAUUGAGUCGUCUUGAGCCUGAACUGUAUUUUCAAUUCUUUGUAUUUACAAUAAACCAUAAAUACAGCUGCAUUAAAA